AUGAGUUACAAUUAUCUGAAGGCAGCCAGAAAAAUUGUAUGCAUUGGGCGUAACUACGCUGCGCAUAUAAAAGAGCUGAACAAUUCAAUUCCAAAACAACCAUUUUUUUUCCUAAAACCGACCUCGAGUAUAGUGACGCCAUUAUCAUCAUCAUUGGCCAAGACUGCGAGACCUGCAAACUCGACUUUUAAUGGACUAAAUGAAGACGGAACUAAUCCAGGACCCAUAUUCAUCCCACGUGGUGUAAAGGUUCAUCACGAAAUUGAAUUGGCAUUGAUUGUGAACAAACAUCUGUCCAAUGUCAUUAAGAUGAAACCCGAGGAAGUGUAUGACUCCAUUAGUGGUGUAGCUUUAGCAUUGGAUCUUACGGCAAGAAAUGUGCAGGAUGAAGCGAAAAAGAAGGGGCUACCUUGGACAAUAAGCAAAGGUUUUGAUACCUUCAUGCCAAUCUCUGCUAUGGUCUCCCGCGAGAAGUUUUCAUCCUACAAAUCGAACUUACAGGAUAUUUUCAGAGUCAAAUGCUUUGUCAACGGACAAUUAAGACAAGACGGUGGCACCGACCUCAUGUUGCACCCACUCCAUAAAAUCCUGCAACACAUAUCUACCAUGAUAUCCCUUGAACCAGGUGAUAUUAUUUUGACUGGUACACCUGCGGGCGUAGGUGAGUUGAAACCUGGUGACCGUGUUCAUUGUGAAUUGUUGCAGAAUAACGACAAACUUGUCGACAUGAACUUUGAAUGUGAAAAUCGCCCGGGACCAUAUGAAUUUAGAGAAAUAUAA